AUAAUGUAAACGAUACGUACAUAUGGAAGUUAGCUGCAAUUAAGAAUCCGAAUUACGUCACACUUGAUAAAUUUCAGAAUCAAAUGACAGGAGGACGUCAUUUUCGCGUGUUCAAAGCUUUACAUCAGAAACUAAAAUUUCGUUAUACCAUUGUUAAGCCGUUAGACGUUUUUUACGGGCGAUUAUUGGAAAAUGGAACGUGGACUGAAAUGGUUGGAAAACUUUCAAGAAAGGAAGCAGAUAUGGGAAUUACUCCAUUUUAUGUUACUUUGGAUCGUUUCUUUGUAUUGGAGUAUUCUACAACAAUAGACUUCCAGCACACCGUUUUCAUUGUAAAAGCUCCGGAAAUAUUCACAGACUGGAAAUCUAUCACUGCCCCAUUCUCCUUUAUGUUAUGGAUCCAUAUAUUUCUAACCGUGAUUAUGUAUGGUUUGAUAUUACAUAAAGUACUUCAACGAGAUUUUAUAGCACAGGAUAUGGAAGUAUAUUGGUCAAGAAAUAAGAUCUUCUGGAAUUUAUUUUGCAUUUUUUUGUAUAAAGGAAUAAAUUUGGAUUCAGUGAAGAAGUUCUCGUCCAGAUUUCUGAUAGGAAUAUGGUGUUUGUCUAUCUUGGUUCUAGUAUCAAGUUAUAGCGGAACACUAAUGUCAUUUAUGACGUAUCCUGUGUCUAAACAAGUUCCGAAAACAUUUGAAGAAUUAGCAAAUUCUGUCUUGAGAGGUGAAUAUUCUUUUGGAGUUAACAGUAAAGCAGCAUUAUGGCUAUCCAUUCGU